AAGAACUGCAUCAUCCUCCUCUUGCGGGUGUGUUCGCCCUUGGCGCUGGUGGCUGUGACCCCGGAAAUCUCUCUGGAGCUGCGCAUCCUGGCUUGCUGCCGGUGGCAAGGGGAAACUCAGGAGUUCUGCCCCAACGCAAAGAUCGUGCUGGUCGGCUGCAAGCUGGACAUGCGCACGGACCUGAACACGCUGCGGGAGCUCUCCAAGCAGCGCCUCAUCCCCGUGACACACGAGCAGGGCAGCGCGCUGGCGCGGCAGAUCGGGGCAGUGGCCUAUGCGGAGUGCUCCUCCAAGGUCUCGGAGAACAGCGUGCGGGAUGUUUUCCACGUGACCACGCUCGCCUCCGUCAACAGGAUGCACAAGAACUUGAAGCGCAGCAACUCCAAACGGGGACUGAAGCGGGCAUCACAGAUGCCGGGCAGGACGGACUUGCUGAGUGACACAGAGAUCAGGAAAGACCGAGCCAAGAGCUGCUCCAUCAUGUGA